GGGGAGCACAGAGUGCGGUGUCCUACCGACGGACGGGCGCCCCUCAGAGGCUUGCCGAGAGGCAGCACUGGGCCUUUCCUUCUCAGCUCUCAGUGUCAACACUGAGACCCCAGAUGUGUCCAGAGACACCCUGAAGAAGCUGAGGGGCAGGGGAGCCUUAGGGCACCCACAGGGAGAUUUCUGAAGCUGAUUCAGAGCCAGAGAAUUUGCCUACUAUUUGAGCGUCCUCCAGUUCUUUGCCCACUUCAAUCCCUAUUGCUAUGGAGACCACCAACGGGACUGAGACUUGGUACAAAAGCCUGCACGCUGUGCUGAAGGCUCUAAAUGCCACUAUUCACAACAACCUGCUCUGCCGGCCAGGGCCAGACAACCUGACAGAGAAGCGACGGGCCAGCCUACCUGGCCGUGAUGACAACUCCUACAUGUACAUUCUCUUUGUCAUGUUUCUAUUUGCUGUCACUGUGGGCAGCCUCAUCCUGGGAUAUACCCGCUCCCGCAAAGUGGACAAGCGCAGUGACCCCUAUCACGUGUACAUCAAGAACCGUGUGUCUAUGAUCUGAUGCUAGGGGGCCAGGAAUGGCAGAAUAUCAAGACACCAGAACUCAGUGCUGGACCACAUCAGGCCUCAGUGUCCUCAUCUAUAAGAUCAACAAGAAAAAGGGCUAGAAGAAAUCAUUAGGGUGGGAGGAGAGGGGCUGGGAGACCUGGGCCUUGCGGAUAAAGAUUUUUUUUUCCAGCAAAAGCAGACUUUUGGGAGCCCCAUGAACAAAUAUAUAGAAGUAGCAAAAGAUAGUAACCACUACUGGUCCAGUGGCUGGAGUACUGGGAGCUAGGAGCUGGAGGCUGGAGGAAAGAGAAAAGGAAGUUGUAGCAGAAGCAAAUGAAACGGGAAGAUGCACGGAGGACGUGUUUUUUGAUGCGUUAUCUUCAACGACCAUGAAAAGCAGCAGUGAUUACCAUAUCACAGAUAAGAAAUGAGUAACGUUACUUAUUUAUAUUUGUUCACAUUUUAUAUUUUUCCAGACAUUUAACAUUUGUGAUUUUACCCCCUGUGAGGGAAGCAAAUUAAGUACCAUUCUGCCCAUCUGGGCCAGAGUAGUGCCAUAGCUGGAACGUAGGAGCUCUGGUUUCCUUGCCUAGUGCUUUUUAAACAUGGGACAGGAUCCAGACCUGAAACUUACACAAUUCUGGGGGUCCCCUUAAGAAAAAGAAUUCAAAAUAAUUUUGCUUUUGCAAAUAUUACAAAAACUUAUUGCCAUGUCAAUACAUUACUAGGACCCCUCCCAAGACCCUAAGGAGCCAUGCAAGUGCAGGGCCCUGAAUGUUAAGGCUCUUUAGUUCCAUGAUUCGUGCACUUCUCCAGCCAGGUCACAGUGCCCUUCCCAGCCACAUCUCCAGUCACUACCUCUAACACAGCCUCUUCUGAUUUGAUUAAACUCUGGGAAGAAUUUUCUGACACCAAAUUGAAAUCUGCUUCUAGAAGGUUAUUAUCACACCUAGAAGAUUACCAUAUUAAAAGAAGGAGAGCAUGCAAGGCAGGUACCUGGUUCAGUGGAAGGAUUCUGGUACAUGGACUGAGUGGUCAUGCCUUUCUCUGAUCCUUUUCCCACCUCCUCACAAUGAAACAGUUCAACUUGAAAGUCUCUAAGAGCUCUACUAGUUCUGACAUUCUGGUCUUCACAUACAUUAGAUUAAAACCAUAAAAUUGUGUUUGUAGGUCAAAAGCAGCUGAAUAUCAGUAGUUUUCAUAUGGUUCAGCCUAAUAUGUGCAAUGUGACGAGUGAAUACCUUACAAGCUACAAAUCCCCAUCUGGAACCUCGCACUGUUCUGUUUGAUUUCUGUUUAAGGGAUGUACAAAGGGUCUCCAGAAAGCCCUACUGAAACAUACAUAUUUGUAUAUAGCAAAAACCUUGAAAGAAUAUUUUGAUAGUAAUUAUCUCUGAAAAAGAAGGAUUGUGAUUUUCCCUUUUUUACUUAAAAAAUUAUGCAAUAUUUGAUUUAUCUGACCAUAAGUAUGCUACUUGUAUAAUCGGGGGGGGGGGGGGGAAGCUACUUCCACCUUGAAAAAAUAAAAAUAAAUGCUUGUGUGUUUCUUGAA